GACAGUUUUUCUCGUUUUUUUUUCCAGUCGAUUUUUAGAAUUGGGCUGCGGGGUUUACCGUGCGCGACUCGCUUUUAGUAUAUAGUGUUGCAACUUUAACGAAACAUGGGCAAACACAAACGAAGGCGGCAUCGCAAGAAGCAACAAACGCAACGGCAAGCUAGCCGAGACGUCGAGGAUCCAAUUAACUCCAACGUGGACGAAUUGACCACACCGGUUUCGCGUUUGAAUGAAGCCGAUCGAUUCGGCGAUGUAGCUUCCCCUUUAAAAACGACCCCGGUAAACAAGAGGCGCAGUUUCGCCCGUAAGAAAGACUCCGUGAACUGGAACGUGACGAACCUAAACAGGCUCUUCGACGACGAUGAUAUAAACUCGUCGAGGAACGAGACUUUAAAAGUUAACGCGACACCUACUUUGAUCCACAAAAGUACGCAGACGAAUCGGGAAGACGUCGUGAUGCCGUGCGAACUGAACAACCGCAAAACCGGCGUCAAAUUGACGAAAUUUACGAUAAACGAAGUGAACGUCAAUCCGUAUUUGAAGAAUAAGGACUACAGGUGGCCGAGAGAAAGCAGCGCGGACGAGACGUCCUUUUUUUCACCGCAGCUGUUCGAAAUGAAGUCCUCGUCGACUCCUAUAGGACACAAAGUGCAAGAAAAUAAACGCCUCAGCACACUCAAAGAGUCGAUUUUGCGCGAAGACAAUAAUUCAAGCGUGGAAAAGGUGGAAAACAAGGAUCGCAAUGUCUUCGAAACGAGCGAAACCAAGUGCGACAGGGUGAACGUGAACGUUAACACUCCGGGCUCGGAAAAAGUGAUGGAUAAAAAGCGACUGUUUAAUCGAUCGCCGAGGACCAGAAAAUUUACGGUUUAUCCGAAAAUGUCGCCCGUUAGUAUCUCGUACUCCAGACUCAACGAGAGCAGGAGAUUUUCCAUGGAUUCCGACAACCUCCGUUCUGUAUCCUUAAGAUUGGGUGUUCACCCAAUAUUAAAGAGGCUGGUGUCGAAGAUCAAAUGCUACAGCAGGACGUCGGUGAGGUGGUCGAUCAAAAUGGUGGAAGCGUGCGCUCAACUCGGUAUCCACAUAAAAAACGGCUUGACAGCGCUGUGCAAUGCGUACAAUUCGCCGCAAUCGGGAGGCGAAAGUGGGGACGCGAAACACGAGAGCCUCGCGAGGAGAAUUGAGGCCCUCGCUUCCGAUUUCGUUAAUGUUAAGGGCGAAGUAAACGAUUGCAUCGCCAAGCAGCUGCGCGACGACGACAUCGUCGCGAGGCUAAAGGAAGAGUUGACUCAGGUUAGAAGGGAGCUCGGUUCCCUCAAGGAUGAAGUCCGUGACCUAAAAUGUCGCCCGCCGCUCACCCCUGCGAACCCAGUUCGCGCGCCGCCCCCGCCCCCGCCUCCUCCGCCGCCGCCGCCAUCGCUAUUGGUGGCACACCCGACGCCCUUACUUAAACCAACCAGGAAACCACAAGGAAAAGAAAACAGCGGCGGCGAAGGAACCAGACCCGUCAUAUCCCUAGAUGACAUUUUGAAGGUUAGACUGCGAAAACCUUCAGAUCGUAACGUGACUCCGCUGUCGCGGCGGUUGUCUCAACCGGCGGUAUCGAUGGAGAUGUUGCGUCAAGUCAAGCUGCGUCCCCCGCAUGCGCGCAGGGAAGUAACUACGACUCAUAGCGAGAACGCGUCGCCCUUGUCGACGAGCCCUCAUUCGAGCCUUCGCAGGUUAUUAAAUGGCGACAACGGCACGUGGAGGGUGAAGCGGUUGAGAAAGGUCGGGGGUUACAGUUUAGACUCUGUUCACAGGCACGAAGGAGAUUACCGAUCACCCACUUCCGCGUGUAAACGCGAACGACAGUGUAGCUGAAGGCGAAAGAGGUUAGGUCCAUUUGUUUAUCGAUAUUAUUUAUAAUGAUAUAGUUUAUUUGGAGCUAUUUAUUUAUGAAAAUUAGGCGUGACUACGUUCUUUGCAAUAUUGUUUUUUUGUUUACCUUUGUGAAAGACUGCGCCUCUAAUAUAUACUCGUGUUUUGUUCUUUUUUUUAGUUUCUCUUUUAUAUAAAAGAUAUUAUAGGAGUAACGAUGAAUG